AUGUCAACACUCUCCACCAAGGCAGCUCUCAAUGGCAGCAGCGCGAUGGCUCCCACCUUCCUGCUGGUGGGCAUGCCUGGCCUGUCUGCUGUACCAUCCUGGUGGACAAUACCUCUUGUUGCUGUCUACCUCCUCUCUGCCCUGGGUAAUGGCACUGUCCUUUGGAUCAUUGCCCUGGAGCCCACACUACAUCGUCCAAUGCAUUUCUUCCUCUUCCUGCUCAGUAUGUCUGAUGUUGGUUUGACUACAGCCCUGAUGCCCACCUUGCUGGGCUUGGCCCUUGCUAAUGUUCAUGCUAUCCCUGCCUCCGCCUGCCUCUUACAGAUGUUCUUUGUCCAUGUGUUUUCUGUUAUGGAGUCCUCUGUCUUGCUGGCUAUGGCCUUUGAUCGGGCACUGGCCAUCUGCCGCCCACUUCACUACCCAGCAAUCCUCACCAAUGACAUUGUCAGCAGGAUCAGUGUGGCCAUUGCUUUCAGAUGUCUGGGUGUCCACCUGCCACUACCUUUUCUCCUGGCCCACAUGCCAUACUGCCACCCACAGAUUCUGACUCAUUCUUAUUGCCUGCAUCCAGAUAUGGCCCGUCUCGCUUGCCCAGGAGCUUGGGGUACAUUCUACAGCCUCGGGGUGGUCUUGUCCGCUAUGGCAUUAGACCCCCUGCUGAUUUUCAUCUCCUACGGCCUGAUUGGCAGGGUGCUGCACAGUGUGGCAUCCAGUGAGGAUCGCCGGAAGGCUGUGCAGACCUGUGCUGCUCACCUCUCUGCUGUGCUCCUCUUCUACAUCCCUAUGAUUCUCCUGGCCCUUGUCAACUGGCUCGAGCUGCCGCUCCCUCCGCCUGCACGCACGCUUCUCUCCUAUGUCCACUUCCUGCUCCCCUCACUGAUGAAUCCUGUUCUCUACAGUGUUAAGACGAAGGAGAUUAGAGAGAAAAUACUCAAGCGGCUGCAUCGCAGGAGGGUGGGCUGUGCUCAGUGA